ACCACCAGCACCCGGCUCCGUGCACGCGUGCUCGGGGCCGUGCGUGGGCCGCCCGUGCCGCAGCAGCAGCAGCAGCAGCCGGAGCAGGCUGGGGCUUGCGGCGCAGGGGCAGGGCCGGGGCUGCUUUGCAGAGGCCGGGGGGGGGGGCGGGAGGGGUGGGGGGGGGGCGCACGGGGCUUGGGGAGGGGGGGGGCGCGCAGCGACCUUGCACCGGCAGCGGCGGCGGAGGCGGCGCGGGGCUGCAAAGUGGGGAGAAGAUGGCCGAGAAGGUGGUGGCCGGGGACCUGUUCCUGCGGCAGGCGCGGGAAUCGGUGUCGUCCCUGGACUCGGACAAGCUGUCCCCGGUGUCCCCCGAGGCGGGCGGCGAGGAGUCGUCGGACAGCGAGGGCGAGCAGGAGGGCAGCACCCACAAACUGAUCCGCAAGGUGUCCACCUCCGGGCAGAUGCGCAGCAAGAAGAGCGUGAAGGAGGGGCUGCUGCUGAAACAGACGAGCUCCUUCCAGAGGUGGAAGAGGAGAUACUUCAAGCUGCGGGGCAGGACGCUUUAUUACGCCAAGGAUGCUAAGUCCCUGAUCUUCGACGAGGUGGACCUGUCCGAUGCCAGCGUGGCCGAGAGCAGCACCAAAAACAUCAACAACAGCUUCACGGUGAUCACGCCUUUCCGGAAGCUCAUCCUGUGCGCCGAGAACCGCAAGGAGAUGGAGGACUGGAUCGGUGCCCUCAAAUCCGUCCAGAAGUGGGAGAUCCACGAGGCCACGCAGUUCAACAUGGAGCACUUCUCGGGCAUGCACAACUGGUACGCCUGCUCCCACGCCAGGCCCACCUUCUGCAACGUCUGCCGGGAAGCCCUCUCGGGGGUCACCUCCCACGGCCUCUCCUGCGAAGUGUGCAAGUUCAAGGCCCACAAGCGCUGCGCCGUGCGCGCCACCAACAACUGCAAGUGGACCACGCUGGCCUCCAUCGGCACGGAAAUCAUCGAGGACGAGGACGGGGUGGCCAUGCCCCACCAGUGGCUGGAGGGCAACCUGCCGGUCAGCGCGCGCUGCGCCGUCUGCGACCGUGCCUGCGGCAGCGUGCGGAGGCUGCAGGACUGGCGGUGCCUCUGGUGCAAAGCCAUCGUCCACAGCGCCUGCAAGGAGCUCUUCGGCAAGAGGUGCCCCCUGGGCCAGUACAAGGUGUCCAUCAUCCCGCCGACCGCCCUGAACAGCAUCGAUUCGGAUGGUUUUUGGAAGGCCACCUGCCCCUCCACCUGCUCCAGCCCUCUCCUGGCCUUCGUCAACUCCAAGAGCGGCGACAACCAAGGCGUCAAAUUCCUGCGCAAAUUCAAGCAGUUCCUCAACCCGGCCCAGGUCUUCGACCUCAUGAACGGGGGCCCGCACCUGGGGCUGCGCCUCUUCCAGAAGUUCUCCACCUUCCGCAUCCUGGUGUGCGGCGGCGACGGCAGCGUGGGCUGGGUGCUCUCCGAAAUCGACGCCCUGGGGCUGCACAAGCAAUGCCAGCUGGGCGUCCUGCCCCUGGGCACCGGCAACGACCUGGCACGGGUGCUGGGCUGGGGCAGCCUCUGUGACGAUGACACCCAGCUGCUGCAGAUCCUGGAGAAGCUGGAGAGGGCCACCACCAAGAUGCUGGACCGGUGGAGCGUGAUGACCUACGAGGCCCCCAAGCAGUCCCCACCGGCCCUAAAGGAGGAGGAGGACGGGGACUCCAACAUCCAGGCCCAGAUCUCCCACUACGCUGACUCCGUCGCCUUCCACCUGGCCAAGAUCCUGGAGUCGGACAAGCACUCGGUGGUGAUCUCCUCGGCCAAGUUCCUCUGCGGCACCGUCAACGACUUCGUGGCCGAGGUCGGCCGGGCGUACAAGAGAGCGACCGAGAACAAGCAAGAGGCAGAGCUGAUGGCGAGGAAGUGCGCCAUGCUGAACGAGAAGCUGGACUCGCUGGUGCGGGAGCUGACCGAGGAGGCUCAGGCCGCCGUGGUGCCCGAGGGGAUGCCGCCAUCCGGCCCGGCCGACGCCAAGGAGCUGGAGAAAAGCGGCUUCAACCCCAGCCCCGUGCCCCGCAUCUUCAAAUCCAAGGAGCAGCUGAUGCUGCGGGCCAACAGCCUGAAGAAAGCCCUGCGGCAGAUCAUCGAGCAGGCGGAGAAAGCUGUGGACGAGCAGAACAAGCAGACCCAAGCCUACCGUGCCAGCACGGUCCCCAGCAAGAAGGACAGCUCGGAGGAGCUCAACAAGGAGGAGAGGCUCUGCUCCCGGCGGGAGACGGUGACCUCGGCCACCUCGUCCAUCCUCCUGGAGCGCCCGGACACCUUCGGCAGCCUGCAGUUCCCCGAGGAGCCCAGCGUGCUCCACUUCUCGGAGAAAUGCGUCAUGAACAACUACUUCGGCAUCGGCCUGGAUGCCAAGAUCUCCCUGGAGUUCAACAACAAGCGGGACGAGCACCCCAAAAAGUGCAGCAGCCGCACCAAGAACAUGAUGUGGUACGGGGUGCUGGGCACCAAGGAGCUGCUGCAGCGCACCUACAAGAACCUGGAGCAGCGGGUGCAGCUGGAGUGCGACGGGGUGCCCAUCUCGCUGCCCAGCCUGCAGGGCAUCGCCGUGCUCAACAUCCCCAGCUACGCCGGGGGCAUCAAUUUUUGGGGAGGCACCAAGGAGGACAACAACUUCGGAGCCCCCUCGUUCGAUGACAAGAAGCUGGAGGUGGUGGCCGUUUUCGGCAGCAUCCAGAUGGCCGUGUCGCGGGUCAUCAACCUGCAGCACCACCGCAUCGCCCAGUGCCGCGUGGUGAAGAUCACCAUCCGAGGGGACGAGGGCGUCCCCGUGCAGGUGGAUGGAGAAGCCUGGAUCCAGCCCCCCGGCGUCAUCAAAAUCCAGCACAAGAACCGAGCCCAGAUGCUGACCAGGGACCGGGCGUUUGAGAGCACCCUCAAGUCCUGGGAGGACAAGCAGAAGGGGGAGAGCUACCGCGCGGCGGCACGGCCGCGGCUCAGCUCGCAGCAAUCCAUGGAGUACCUGACGGAGGAGGAGAGCAGCCUCCUGCAGCAGCUCUCGCGGGCGGCCGAGAGCCUCAUCGCCAGAAUCCACGAGGCGGCCAAGGCGCACAAAGCGGUGGAGCAGGAGCUGGCGCACGCCGUCAACACCAGCGCCCUGGCACUGAGCGAGGCGCUCUCCAACAAGGCUGCCGGCGCCGCCGAGUUUCUCAGCAGGAACGCGGCGGUGGAGGUGGUGCUGAGCAUCAAGGCGCUCUACGCCGAGACCAGGGCGUUCCUGGAAGGGAAGGCGGUGAGUGAGGGGCCGGGGACCCCCCCGAGCCCCCCCGCUGGUGGCAGCGGGGCUGGGGACGGUCCCUGUCCCCCGCAGCUGGACUCGCCCCAGGAGGAGGAGGCGCUGCAGGGCCCCCUGAGCGCGCUGGGCCAGGAGCUGCAGCGGCUGCUGGAUGUGCACUGGCUGGUGCCCAUCGCCCACCCUGCGGAGGAGCUCUUGCAGGAGAGCGGCGGCAGCGCCAACAAGGGCAGCUUCAAGCUUCGCCUCAACAUCCCCAAGCCCAGGAAGGACAAGGCGCAGAAGCAGAAGGCCAACAGCGCGCUGCCGGCGGACAAGUGGGGCGCUGAGGAGGUGGCUGCGUGGCUGGAAACGCUGGGUUUGGGGGAGUACAGAGACAUUUUCAUCCGGCACGACAUCCAGGGCUCCGAGCUGAUCCUGCUGGAGAGGAGAGACCUGAAGGACCUGGGCAUCACCAAAGUCGGCCACAUGAAGAGGAUCCUGCAGGCCAUCAAGGAGCUCAGCAACCCGCCCUAGGCUGGUGGCAGCACCGGGGGGGCCACCUGGGACCCCGCUGCCUCCUGUGUGUGUGUGUGUGUGGAGCCCCCCCGCUUGCCUUGCUUUGUCUGUUCGUCCCCCAGCGCCCCUGGAGCCACUGCUUCUCACCGAGCCCCCGGGGCUGGAGGGCACCGGAGCGGAGCUUUGGUCCCUGCCAGCAACCGGGGUGGCGGGGUCACUACAGGAGCCAGGGAGCUGGGCUGCAGUGUGGGGCCAAAAGCAGAGAUUUUUCCCCCUCCCCCAAAAAAAUUCCCUUUCCCCCGAUGGGUAUUUAAGCUGUGUAAAUAUUUGGAGAAGAGAUAUUUAUUGCUGCUGC